UCUAGUUUCAGCACCAGCGCAUUGUAUAAUCCAAAGAGUGAAGAACAAGCUAGAUGGACCGGGAAUCACAUGAAGAGCAGACCCUAGCGUCUAAUUUACAAGCUCUCUCAUUCUUGGAUCCGUUAACCAACCGAUUCAACUCCUUGAACGAUCUCUGCUACGAAAUAUCGUCUCUGCAAGACCUAGCUUCUCGUGGUUCAUGGAGAUCGAUCAUGGAUAAGGUUUCUCGAGCUCGAAAACUCUCUCUCCUUCAAAAACCACACGAACAUUUGAUCUACCUUUCUUACAACGUUCUAGCGUUAAUGAAGCUUCGUAAAUUUGGAGAUGCGGUGGAAGAACUCGAUUCGCUUGAAGACUUCGAAAGCUCUCAAUACAAGUACGAAUCGUAUCCUGAUCAUUACCCGAAUCGUUCUGGUUCGAUGGUUCCUUUUGUGCUUCGCUGGCUUCACGCUGAGAUCCCUGACAGGUUAGGUAAGCGUCAAGAAACCCUAGAUAGAUUGUACACUCUGCUUGAUUUCAUUCGUACGAAAUUGAAGGAAAGGGAAUCCAAAUCCAUUGACUUCUGUAUUAAGCGGUGGAAGAAAAGGGAAGCCUUUAUGGUCAAUUCAAUCUCCAGUCAUCAUUUGAGUCAUAAAGAGUUCGGUGUAUGCUUAACAUUGCUCCUGAGUUUACUUGACGUUGAUUCACCGGAUCCUGUCUUGUUGUCGAAGCUGGGGUAUAUACAAAUGCAGCUUGGAGAUCUGGAGGGAUCUAAGGCGUCGUUCAAUCGAGUUGAGAACUUGAUGACGCAAGGUAAUUCUGGGGAGUUUUUGGAUGAGGUGGAGUUUAAGAAUCUGGUUAGUCGGAAUAAGGCUCUGAUUUAUUUGGUGGGGAAGGAUUAUAUAUCAGCUGUGAGAGAGUAUGACGAGUGCAUUGAGAAAGAUCCAUCCGAUGUGGUAGCAAUAAAUAACAAGGCUAUGUGCUUGAUGUAUUCCAGGGAUCUCUCGGAUUCGAUCAAGGUUUUAGAAAGUGCAUUGGAGAGAGUCCCAACGGUGGCUCUCAAUGAGACAUUGGUGGUAAAUUUGUGUAGCAUGUAUGAAUUGGCUUAUGUUAACCAAGCUGACACCAAGAAGACACUCAGUAAUUGGAUUGCUCGUGUUGCUCCUGAUGAUUUUGAUUCGUCUUGUACUCGAGUUUAAGGCCAUGGUUACUAUUAUGCUGGACUGUAUGAGGGACUUGGGAUUCUCAUUGCAGGUCAACACAGAGCUCAUUGCACCCUCUUCUCAUGUGGUAAGUUUCAGCUGCAAUGAAGUUGGGACAUGAUAGAUUAAACCUUUG